UUCAACAACAAUUAAAUAAUUUUUUCAUGAAUUUAUAAAAGAAAUGUGGAUCGCUUUAUUCUUAAAAUUGUUCGUUUUUACUUUUUUUUGACUGUCGAAAUAAAUGGAUACCAACAACAAAGAUGUCGACCGUGGUGAAGACCAAAACCAAAACCAAGAUAACCGAGAUGAAGUGACAGGAAUUUCUAAAACCUCAAAUGUAUCUAAAAUAUCCUCGCCUAAAAGUACAAUCGAAAUUGAUGCGGAUAAAUCUACUUUUUUUACUGCUACCAAACACGAUUCAUCAUUUCUCAUGGUAGAUGGUAAUGAUGCGAAAUCUACAAUGCCAGCUUCUCAACCAAGUGAAGUGUUGAGCUGUGGAUUAAUGUCUUGGAAAGAGGAAAUACCAUCAAAGAUCGAUUUUGAAUCUAAAACAAAUACGAAUCAACGAUCACUGCUUGCGCAGAAUGUUACCGACAGGCUUGAUUCCAUUGGAAGCGAAAUGAGCUUAGGUUUUGAAGUACCGACCGAUUUGGACGCUACAAAUCCCCAAUCGUUGGUCAUACGUGAUGGUCCCGAUUUAUAUCAAACUAUUCUACGCACAGUUUGCGCUUAUGCAAUACGUUGUUCUCAUGGUCGAAUGCCAGUUCAAAAAUUAAAAAAUCAUUCUGGUUACUGGUUACCUUUUGCCUAUGCUAAUGAAGAUGAAAAAUAUUCUAAAACAAUUGAUAUGAUUAUCGAAUAUUUCUUGAGCGAAACAAAGCCUACUCCGACAUCCAAAGAUAGCAACAAAGCAGCUAAACCAAAAGAUUCAUCGGCAAAAUUUUUGACCAACUUACAACUGUACAAUAUACAUCGAGCUCAAAUACCGGAUGGACAAUUUGUUUCUCGCUAUAUUUUCCUUGCCCAAUGGAUUGGUUCAGAUUCAAAAUUCACAUGUUGCAAAGAUAAUGCCAGUAUUCGAUGGUUGUCCUUAGCAGAAGUCAUGGGUUCAAAGAAAAUCUCUGACACAUUUUGGGGCAAUGAGAUUCAAAUGACAGCUAGCGUUCUCAACGAACUCCAUUUGAACAAAAUACCAUCGGCAAAAUUUCCAAACAUAUCAGAAUUCACAUCCUCAGAAGUGUUGAAAUAUACGACCAAUACGUCGGCCGUUUCAGCUCCAAACAGACCGACAACUGCCAAUCAAACAAUGAUUAUGUUGUGCGAUGCUAAAUUCAACGAAAAAGAUGUGAUUAAAGUGUAUUGUGAAUAUGUGCAACACUGUUAUCCAUCAGCCAAUAUGACCUAUUGUGCGUUCACCGAGUAUAUCAACAAGAUGGAUUUUCUGCCCAAUGAUGAAAAUAUUAUUCGAUCAGUAUAUCGAGCAAUGUCACCCUCUUGGCGUAAUCGCAAUUUCAUGUUCUUCAAUGAAUUUUUAUUGGGACUGGCAGCACUUGAUUCGUCAAACAAUUCUCAAUUACGUUGUGGCUAUAUAUUCCGUUAUUAUGAUCGGAAUUCGGACAACUUUCUAGAUGAAGAGGAUUUCAAACGAAUCGUUUACGAUAUACGUGAUGCAUCAAUGAUGUCAACCGAUCCAGCAGCGGUACAAAAAGAUUGUCAGACACGUUUGUCUCAAUUAAAUCUGAUGGACGAUAAGAAACGUAUCACUUACCAGAAUUUUAUUCGAGAAGCAACUAGUAGUCGGCUAGCUGGAAUCGGGCAAUUAUUCAGGGCAAAUCGUCCCGUAAUCGAAACGAUACAUUCUAGACACUUGUACGAAUAUAUUUUCAAUAAAAAUGGCAAACCUUUUGCUCCUAAAUUGUUGGGCACUUGUCCAAAAUGUCGUCCAAAAUCGUAUUCAUUGGCAUAUAAUGCUGUCAAACUUAGUAAUCAAGGUCGCAUUGAAGAAUCAAGACCCCUGGUUCAAAUGAAUUGUGGUGAAAUCGAUGUAGAACUUCAAUUUAAAAAGAAAACCAACGAAAUUCGUGUCAAACAUUCAACAGAAGUUGUAUUCAAUGAAAACUCUGCAGCAAAUCAAGUGCUGUCGAUUAUAAGGCGAAUGGUUGAUUUCAACAAGUUGCCUCAUGAACGAAAAACAGAAGUGGCACAAUACGUCAUCAACAAGCUAACGGUGGAUCUGAUCAUACAGUUGUGUAAAGAAGUAACGGAAAUUUUGUUGAUCGAACCUCGUGUUGUCAAAGUGAAUUCACCAUGCAUCGUUCUUGGCGAUCUACAUGGUAAUAUCAACGAUCUUCUCACAUAUGAAAGGCAAUUAUGGCCACUAGCACCUACGGCUAAUGCACCAAACAUAUUGUUCCUUGGUGAUUACGUUGAUCGUGGUGAUUAUAGCAUCGAAGUCAUUAGCUAUUUGUUUGCCAUGAAAAUUCUUGCACCAACCAAAUUUUUUUUACUACGCGGUAAUCACGAAAUUCGUUCCAUACAGCGAAAUUUCACAUUUGCACGUGAAUGUAUGGUCAAAUACCUCUAUCAAAACGGACAACGUGUACUGGAAGAAUUCAACCAGGCAUUCGAUCAUCUACCAUUGGUUGGUAUUAUUGAUGAAUCAAUAUUUUGUGCACAUGGCGGUAUUCCAUAUUCGGUAUCAAAAAUAGAAGAUUUGUACAAAAUACCAUUACCGUUACCUGAACCAGAAAUCCAAUCGAAAGUGGCUUGGGAAAUCCUAUGGUCCGACCCGGUUACUGACGAGGAGUUCAACCAAGUUUGUCAAUUUAAAAAUCAAUCGACUGAUAGCGGAUUUGUAGACAAUCUUCGUCGAUCGACCGGAUAUUAUUUUGCAGAGAAAGCAUCGCGUAACUUUUUGAAAGCUAACAAUCUAUCACACAUAAUUCGCGCCCAUGAACUUGAAACCGAUGGGUAUCGAUUUCGUCAUUCUGGCUUAUUGAUAACAGUAUUCUCAAGUUCACGUUAUUGUAAUACGAAUAACAAAUCGGCUGCCGUUUUUGUAAAUAGUCAUUCAAACAAUGAAGGAUUCAUCAAAGUGAUUGCGUUGGAAACUUAAAUUUUUGUUCUCUACAUAUGAGAAUUGAUUUAUUUUAAUUUUUACAAUACAACAACAACAAAUCACAAG